UUUAAUUGUUAAUUAGUUGUGUCGACCUAAAAAAAAAAUAAAAUAAAAUUAUAAAAAUUGCAAACAAUUUUUGUGUUGUUUUUUGCAAAAUUAUUAUUAUUAUUUGAGAGACAAUUAUUAUUUUUAGUAAUAUUUUUCACAUACAUAUAAUAAUAAUAUAUUGUAUGUGUUUGUGUGUAUGUGUGUGUCCUAUCAAUUGAAUCAUUAACUAACCCCAUAUAUACUAGUAGUAGUCCAUCCAUCACAUCCAUCACAUCCAUGGGUGGUUUCAUGGCAUCGGAUCCCAGUUUAAUGGAUAUUAUCCAAAGUACGGCACAGUUUGCCAAACAAAACUAUUUGUGGCUUAAAUCCAAUUAUAAGUUUCCCGACAAUACACUGGACGAUCUACGGGAAUGUGGCCAACGUAUAGCACCGGUCGACUAUAUAACUAUUGCCCUAAUGGCCAUUGGCUGGACUAUUGCCCGGAACGCUACCAGUAGUUACAUAUUUAAGCCAUUUGCCCGAUCGUGUCGUAUAAAGCGCAAGGAUGUUGAGAAAUUUCCGGAAAGUGCCUGGAAAAGUUCCUAUUAUUUAUUUACAUUUUUAUAUACCGUAUAUCUGCUAUUUGGACAAAAUUGUUGCCAUUAUUUUCUGGAAACCCAUAAUAUUUGGUCAGAUUAUUCAGUGGACGAUACGGUACCGACAAACAUACGGUUACUCUAUUUAGUGGAAAUCAGUUUUUAUAUACACUCUAUAUAUGCGGUACUUGUGUUGGACGAGUGGAGGAAAGACACAUUAGUUAUGUUCAGCCAUCAUAUCAUAACACUGACACUGUUGUCAUUAUCGUUGGCCACUAAAGCCCAUAGGGUGGGUGUGAUUGUGUUGCUAUUGCACGACGGCUGUGAUGUAGCCAUGGAAGUGACCAAAUGUUUGCUAUUAUUUAAAUACAAGGGUAUUGUCGGCAAAUUGAUUGAUGGACUAACUGCUAUCAGUUUUAUAACAUUUGUCGGCUCAUGGAUUAUCUGUCGGUUAUAUUGGUUUCCAAUGAAAGCUAUUUAUACGAGUUCUGCAUAUUUUACUCAACAAAAUACCCAAAAAUUUCCGUUUAUGUUAGUAUUGUAUACAAUGCUAUGGGUUAUACUGGCAAUGGAUGUCUACUGGUUUAUCUUUAUCAUCAAAUUAUCGGUGAAUGUUAUAACUGGUAAAUCAAAGAUUGAAGAUAAUAGAGAAUAUUCUGUAAAUAAGUCAUCAAAAAGUAAUCGCAAUAUUAUUACUACAACUAAUAAUAAUAAUACAAAUAAAUAUAAUAAUAAUAAUAAUAACAAUAAUCAAAACAACAAGAAAUUGGUGACAAAUAAUGGUAGUGUUUAUACCCGAAGAAAACUUCAUUAA